AUUGUAUGGGAAUUUCAGGUUGCGUGGGCUCUAACCUAUUGCAGUCGCGCAGCACGUCAAUCACAUACCGAACUGAACACUUUACUUGACUAUUUCGGUCUAGUACGAUUCAAUCCAUCUAUGCUGCAAAUAGGACGUGCCGCCCUUGAUUUGGGUGGUUACUGUCUCGAAAGUCCUAUCGAGAAGAAUUGGUAG